UUCCCGCCAAAAUUGGGCUUAAGCAUCAGUCGUGAAGUUCCUUGCCGAGUGAAAUAAGAAGCUAAUACCCACUUCAUUCAGCAUAAUAUUAAAAAGAUGAGGUAUCGUUGAAUAAGUGAAGAUUCUGCCAUCCAUGUAGAACGCUCAAACGACGAAUAAGACAGCAAGAUCUUGGAAAUACAAAGCAGUGUUGUGGCUGGCGAGUGGCUGACCCAACACACACAAUGACAAUCUCGGCAAGAAUUCGUCAGAAAGUGAGAGGAGCAGGAAGUGCCUCGAGGUUUGCUUGGCGUGGAAAGCCCAUUCAACCUUCCCGGAAAGAGCGACGGUUUGAAGACAAGACUUUCUAUAGGGGAUUUGUUCUUGGCUCCACUGGAAUAGAAGAAGGCGACUGUGUUUUCAUCAGGAAUUCAGAUGCUGUGGAUGCUGAAGACGUCAACAGCUGUGAUAUUGCCAGGGUUGUCAGGUGCUACGACAAUGGUGAACGAAAGAACAACAACCGGAUGCAAGUCCAGUGGUACUCCAGAAUUGAAGAUGUCAAGCCAAGUCACUUGAAAGACAUCCAGGAAGGCUUGUGUCCUCCUGAUGCUUCACUGGAGUUGGUGAGAGAUGAAAGACCAUUUCCAACUGACGUCGAUGCUGAAACCAUUCAUAGUCUUUGUUGUGUGAAAGAGGUAGUGUGUGGUGUGUCCCCAAGAAGCGUGUCUCUGCCUUGGGAGUGCCAAGUGCCAUUCUUUGUGUGUCGCUUCAGGUAUGCUGGGAAGAGGCCUCGUCUCUUGCCCAUUGAGAAUGUUCAAGAAUCACAACAAACUCCAGCUAAAAGGUUUGUUAUUAAAACUGCAUUUAUCUUGAACUACACAGCUUGUUUAUCUUGGAUAUUUCAUUGUACUUUUCCACUUUUCAGAAGGAAUACUCGCAGAUCUCUCGCUGUGGAUUUAAACAACAUUGAAACUGCCUCACCCAAAAGAAGGAUGCAAAAAACUUCUGAAGAGGAAAUGGGAAAAGAAAAUUUGGAAGAAAAAGGUUCAAAACUGACCAACAAACCUGAAACUAGAAAAGAGUCCAAGUCACCUUUGAAAGCCAUCAAUCGUGCAGCUCACAAUGAGAUUGCUUUGUCUCCGAGUCUCAAACGAAAAGCCUCAGAAACAGAGUUGUGUAAUGAAAGGAAGAAAUCUCGAUUAGCUUCAGAGUAUGCCGAAAAUUCACACAAAGAGAUGUCUCGAGUGAUCAGUGAUGAGGAUGCAACGGUGGUGGAAAGACACACCUCCUCUGGCCGCAAACUUAAGAUCCUUUGUUAUCGUAAACUCAGUGACGGUGUGAUUGACACAAAGGGAAACCCAACACCUUGGUCACCUGAACCUAAACCCACAAAGCCUUUACCAUCUCCAGAUGCAAACUCAAAGUCUUCACCUUCAAAAUCCAGAUGUUCAGUUGCUAAAAAUUCAUCUAUAAAGGAAAUAGGAAAGAUUCGUGCCCUGAAAGAUAAUGAAAUAGAUUCUAUAUUGGUCAGUGAUGAUAAUGAAAGUGAAUCUGACAUGGAUGAUGAUCAUGAAGACAAAAACUGUAAAUCUUCAAGCAAAAACACUAAAGUUUCUAUACUGAAAGAUUCUACUAGUGAUACUCUAAACAAUUCUCAUAAGCCAAUUUCAAAGGGUCACAAGAAUUAUUCUGAAGAGUUAGAGCCACUGCCUGAGAUGAUAACACCUAAGAAAAGUAAAAAGCACACUGUCAAGUCUAAAAGUACUGUCAAGAAGAGAUUUAAAUGUGAAGAAUGUGCCUUGUCAUUUUCCUCUCGUGCUGAAUUACGGGACCACGAUGAAGAGGAACAUGAUGAUUUCGAACCCAUCUCCAAAACUCCCAGCAGAGCAGCAAAGAAGAAGACUUCAGCUCGCACCCCAUCACAAGCUGCAGCAAGUCCCCAUAGCCGCACUGUCCCAAAAAUGCCUUCCCGGACUAACCCCGUGAUGCAGCCAGGCACCCCACUGGAGUUGGCCCGUGCCCGGCUACACGUCUCUGCUGUACCCGACUCCCUGCCGUGUCGAGAAAAUGAAUUUCAAGAUGUGUACUCGUUCGUUGAGGGAAAGCUGUUUGAUGGCACUGGAGGAUGCAUGUAUAUAAGUGGAGUGCCCGGCACUGGGAAAACUGCCACUGUGAGGGAAGUGGUGCGCCUUCUGCUACAGUGCAGCCAGGAUGGGGAUCUACCAUCCUUCUCUUUUCUGGAGAUCAAUGCCCUCAAGCUGACAGAGCCCCACCAGUUAUGGGUCCAGGUGUGGAAAGGCUUGACAGGAAGCAAAGUGACAGCAGAACAUGCUUCAUCCCUCCUUGAGAAAAGAUUUUCCACACCUGCACCAAGACGGGAUCCUACACUACUCUUGGUUGAUGAGCUGGACAUGUUAUGGACUCGCAAGCAGGAUGUGAUGUACAAUCUUUUUGACUGGCCAUCACGACCUGGAAGCAAGCUGGUGGUGGUGGCCAUUGCCAAUACCAUGGACCUGCCUGAGCGGAUCAUGAAGAACCGUGUAUCCUCCCGGCUUGGCCUCACCAGGAUGACUUUCCAACCAUACACUCACACACAGCUCCAGGAGAUUGUCACAUCUCGGCUGCUUGGCAUUCCAGCGUUUGAUCCUGGUGCAAUACAGUUGGUAUCACGAAAAGUUGCAGCAUUAUCUGGAGAUGCCAGGCGAGCUCUUGACAUUUGCCGUCGAGCAACAGAAAUUGCCGAAACAAGUAAACUGCCUCCCAGUCCGUCCAAGUCCCCCUUAAAGAGAGCAGCUCUGGUUGGCAUGCUGCAUGUUGAUCAGGCAAUAAGAGAGAUGUUCACCUCACCCAAGAUUGCAGCUAUCAGAAGUUGCAGUGUGAUGGAGCAGCUCAUUCUGAAGGCAGUGGUGGCUGAGUUCAUUCGCACAGGGGUGGAAGAGGCUCAGUUUGGACGUGUGAUGGAUCAGUUUGUCUCACUCUGCAGGUUUGACGGUAUGAAGCCUCCGUGCACAUCUGUAGUGAUGAUGCUUGUGAAUCACCUGACAUCUCAGCGCCUGAUCCUCACUGAGCACUCUCGCAAUGACAUCCUGAUGCGGCUGCGGCUUAACAUUUCCACAGACGACGUGUCCUACGCCCUGCAGAGCACUCCUGAGGCACGGUAAACUCAGACUCGUGGAGAUUUUUAUGUUGCUGUUUUUAAUCCAUACUUUUGAUCAUCUAACAUCAUCUUUUAUUUAAAAACUUCAAAUGAGAACAUGGAUGAAAAAACUUAUUGACUUUACAAGCAAUGAGUUUUUAUAUUGUGUUGUAGUAAUUUUAUUCUUUUAAAUAUUCUUUUGUGUCAUCACUGUAACUGACUUGUGGUCUUUCAUAUAAUUUAUUUUAAUAUCACUAAUUUUAUUAAGUUUUACUCAAUUUUUUAUUGCUGAUUUUAAAUACAGAACCAUUUUUCAUCCUUAAUAUUUCAACAUUGUAAAUAAGACAACAUUUGGCACAUGUAUUUGUACGAGUAUGUACACCAUUAAAGCCGAACAAUAAAA